CUGGUGAGAGAAAUCUGCUUCUGUGUUGCAAAGCUUGCUGAGGAACUGACAUGAAAACACCACUGAACCUUCGGGGACCACAGCGGACAUGAUGCUCUGCAGGGGGAUGGACGUGUAAUAGAAGUUGGUUUUAAGAUAAGGUGCAAACUUUUUUUUUUUUUUCUGAUUUUGACAAUGUUGCCCUGGCUUCUUUCAAGUGCAAACAAGUUUCCUCCCCUGGACUGGAAAUACUGGCGCUGAGAAAAGUUGUGUCAGUCGUCUUCACUGCGCUCGAAGGACAUAACAAUGAAUAAUCAAUCGAUGACAGGAAGGACAAUGGUCCCGACCAUUCCGUCUAUUAUGUUCAUUUUCGGGGUGGUUGGGAACGUCAUCGCCAUCGUGGUUCUUUGUAAAUCCCGCAAGGAACAGAAAGAAACCACGUUUUACACGCUGGUGUGUGGACUGGCAAUCACGGACCUCCUGGGCACACUGCUAGCCAGUCCGGUCACCAUCGCCACUUAUGUGAAAGGUUCGUGGCCCGGAGAAGACCCGCUGUGCCAGUACUUUGGAUUCACCCUACUUUUCUUCUCUCUGGCUGGGCUCAGUAUCAUCUGUGCCAUGUCGGUGGAGAGGUACAUCGCUAUAAACCAUGCCUACUUCUACAAUGACUAUGUGGACCAAAAACUGGCGGGUUUGACUCUCCUGGCGAUCUACAUCUCCAACGCGCUUUUCUGCGCCCUGCCGAUUAUCGGCUUUGGACAGGUGAAGAAACAAUACCCGCAAACUUGGUGUUUUUUAGAGUGGAGGAGCAACAAGACCAGCGAUGCCGCCUACUCCUAUAUGUAUGCGGGUUUCAGCUCCCUUCUGAUUCUCGCCACUGUCAUCUGUAACGUGUUGGUGUGCGUGGCUUUGAUCCGGAUGCACCGGCGUUUCGUGCGUAGGAUGUCGCUGGGAACCGACCUGGGGCGCAACGUGGACCCGCGGAGGAGAGGACGCAGCUUUGGGCGUCUGGCCGGUGCAGAGAUUCAGAUGGUCAUCCUGCUCAUAGGCACGUCGGCAGUGGUGCUUAUCUGCUCCAUCCCACUUGUUGCUCAGGUGUUUUUGAAUCAGCUGUAUAAGACUCCAGUGGAACUGAGGUUGGACAAAAAUCCUGAUCUUCGAGCGAUCCGCUUCGCCUCCUUCAACCCCAUUCUUGACCCGUGGAUCUACAUCCUUCUCCGCAAAGCUGUUCUCCUCAAGCUCAUUGAGAAAAUCAAGUGCUUGUUUUGCAAGAUAGGAGCACGGGGGCAACAGAGACAAGGAAACUUCCACUGUAUAGAUGCUCAUCAGCUCUCCUCGGUCAUCUCUAAGCGGGACUCCAACUCCAUGGUCUCGCAUGACCUGCGAGAUAUCACCAGCAGCUCCCAGACCUUCCUCUACCUACCAGAGGGAAGUGAGGGGUACACUGGAAGUUGUCAUAAAGCAAACAGACUCUCUGGUUCACGACCUUCAUCGGUCAGAAACUCGCAAGCUUCUUAUACGUCUGAGCAGGGCAGCAUUGAGGCUCAGAGGAAAGAAGGGACCAGUGUAAUCAGGGACCUUUCAGCCCUACCAUGCCCAAAAGACCCAGCACUCCAGGUGUCGUUGAGCACUGAGACAGUGGAGGAGAAAUGCAUCUGAUUACACUCUGAAUUUGGAGAAAAAUCUUGUCUAUUGAGUGACUUCACAGGAAGUGAACUUUUAAACCUCUGAAAAAUGGGGAAAGGCCCAUAUGAAUAAUACAAGACUCCUGAUGUGAAGUGAAAGAAAUAAAAACUUGAAGUGCUGUGAGCUUUAUCACCCUGUGCUAUCUGUUUCAGCACCCAGCUACCUCAAGUGAUGACUGACUCUGACUGUGUGAGCAGCUUUCGUCAUUUUGCCCAAAACAGAUGUUGUUCUAGCAGAGAUGACCCACUUCUUCAUGGCUCAAGUGUCAGCGAUGGAAAAGAUAUCCUUCCUAAUUUCAGCCGCUUUGUUCAAUCAUUGCGGAAAAUUGUGACUGUAAACUAUAUGAGGCCAGUAGUUUAGAAUAAUUGAGUCACACAAUGAAAACAGUAUUGAAUAUGAUCCUUAUGAGUAAUCGUUGGCAUGCGUGCUGCCAUUGUAAGACUGAUUCGUUUAACAAACUCUGUUGUAAAGUGCUGUUUGAAGGACAUGCUGUGUUGGUUCCAUGACUAAUGUACCGUGCAGUAUUAUUAUGUGGUGAACACCAACGUCUUUGUUCCUCAGCCCUGGAAUAGACACAAAUAUGUCAUCUCAAAUUGUUAAAACUUUGUUUUCCAUCUUGCAGUGAGGGUACAAAGAUUCCUGCACCGUAGUUAUUAAUACCAAGGUGUUUAAAUCUGAGUGGGAAUGUUGAACGUUUAUUUCUGUAGAAAAUGUGUAAAUCAGUGCACAGAUGUUGCUUAAUGCCGAGUAUUUAGAUGAAGAUAUGUCAACGCAGCUGUCAGUUUGAGAAAAGCGGUGUUCUAAAUGAUCAGUGUUGUGUAAAAUAUUGUUUGUAAUAAAAUUAUUCUUCUCUAGGAGAAGGUUCUAGUUAAUA